GUCGGCGGCCGCGGCCGGGACGGAAGGCGGAAGCAGAGCGUGAGCGGGAGGCGGAGCCGGGGGAGCUGCCCUCGUAGCUCCCCCUGGCCCCAGGCCCAGCUGCUCGUGGGGGAGGAGUUACCGCCGCUCUUCGGCAUCAGAGCUUACCAUGAUGGCUGUGACCUAAAACCCCCAGGAAGCCCGGGGUCAUGGCCCAGAAGCACCCCGGAGAAAGAGGGUUGUGUGGAGCCCACCACAGUAGUGGUGCCUCCCUCAGGACUUUGGGAUCCUCCGUGGACCCUGAAAUACUUUCAUUCUCAGGACUCAGGGACUCAGCAGAGACUGCUCCUAAUGGUACCCGCUGCCUCACAGAGCACUCUGAUCCUAAGUACACACAGCCCCCAAACCCAGCCCAUUGGUCGGAUCCAAGCCAUGGCCCCCCAAGGGGUCCAGGACCACCUAGGGAUGGAGAAGGCCCUGAUCAGAGCGAGGCAUCUUCAGAAGAAGAGUCAGGAGUGGACCAGGAACUCUCAAGAGAGAAUGAGGCUGGGUACCAGGAGGAUGGGAACCCUUCUUUUCUUUCCAUUCCAACUGCUUGCAACUGUCAGGGAACCCCUGGAAUCGCGGAAGGGCCUUACUCUGAGGGAGGAGAUGGCUCUUCUAGCAACUUUUUCCAUUGUACCUCUCCAGCCUUGGGGGAAGAUGAAGAGUUGGAAGAGGAAUACGAUGAUGAAGAAUCUCUUAGGUUCCCCAGUGAUUUUUCACGCGUGUCCAGCGGGAAGAAGCCCCCAUCCCGGAGACAGCGGCACCAUCGCUUUCCAACCAAGGAGGAUACUCGGGAGAGUGGACGUAGAGAUCCCAGGUCCCCUGGUCGACAUCGGCUAGGCCGGAAACGAAGUCAGGCAGAUAAGCGCAGGGGCCUAGGAUUGUGGGGAGCAGAGGAACUAUGUCAGCUCGGACAGGCAGGCUUCUGGUGGCUGAUUGAACUGCUGGUUUUGGUGGGAGAGUACGUAGAAACUUGUGGACAUCUCAUCUGUGCAUGCAGGCAGCUGAAAAGCAGUGAUCUGGACCUUUUUCGAGUUUGGGUGGGAGUCUGGGCAGGGCGGCUGGGAGGCUGGGGCCAGGUGGUGUUCCAGUUUCUAAGCCAGGGGUUUUACCAUGGGGCAGGGCUGUUUACCCGUUUUCUUAGGCUACUGGGUGCUUUGCUGCUCUUGGCUCUGGCCCUCUUUUUGGGCUGUCUGCAGUUAGGCUGGCGGUUUAUGGUGGGACUGGGUGACCGGUUAGGUUGGAGGGAUAAAGCCUCCAGGCUCUUCUCUUGGCUGAAUUCUCCAGCCUUGCAGCGUUACUUAAGUCUGCUGAGAGAUAGCAGGCCAUGGCAGCAGCUGGUAAGAAUAGUGCAGUGGGGCUGGCUGGAGUUGCCUUGGGUCAAGCAGAGGACUAACAGGCAGGGGAAUAUACCUGUACCUAGUGGGCGCUACUGCCAGCCUGAAGAGGAAGUGGCUCGACUCUUGACUAUGGCUGGGGUUCCUGAGGAUGAGCUAAACCCUUUCCAUGUACUGGGGGUUGAAGCCACAGCAUCCGAUGUUGAACUGAAGAAGGCCUAUAGACAGCUGGCAGUGAUGGUUCAUCCCGAUAAAAAUCAUCAUCCCCAGGCUGAGGAAGCCUUCAAGGUUUUGCGAGCAGCUUGGGACAUUGUCAGCAAUGCUGAAAGGCGGAAGGAAUAUGAGAUGAAGCGAAUGGCAGAGAAUGAGCUGAGCUGGUCAGUGAAUGAGUUUCUGUCCAAGCUGCAAGACGACCUCAAGGAGGCAAUGAAUACCAUGAUGUGUAGCCGAUGCCAAGGAAAGCACAGGAGAUUUGAAAUGGAUCGGGAACCUAAGAGUGCCAGAUAUUGUGCUGAGUGUAACAGGCUGCAUCCUGCUGAGGAAGGAGACUUUUGGGCAGAGUCAAGCAUGCUGGGCCUCAAGAUCACCUACUUUGCACUGAUGGAUGGAAAGGUGUAUGACAUCACAGAGUGGGCUGGAUGCCAGCGUGUAGGAAUCUCCCCAGAUACCCACAGAGUCCCCUAUCACAUCUCAUUUGGUUCUCGGAUCCCAGGCACCAGUGGGCGGCAGAGAGCCACCCCAGAUGCCCCUCCUGCUGACCUUCAGGAUUUCUUGAGCCGGAUCUUUCAAGUACCCCCAGGCCAGAUGUCCAAUGGGAACUUCUUUGCAGCUCCUCAGCCUGGCCCUGGAGCCACUGCAGCCUCUAAGCCCAACAGCACAGUACCCAAGGGAGAAGCCAAGCCGAAGCGGCGGAAGAAACUUGCUGAAUUAAAGCAAGAAUGUCUUGCUCGAGGUUUGGAGACCAAGGGAAUAAAACAAGAUCUCAUCAAUAGGCUCCAGGCGUAUCUUGAAGAGCAUGCUGAAGAGGAAGCGAAUGAAGAAGAUGUACUGGGAGAUGAAACAGAGGAAGAAGAGCCAAAACCCAUAGAAGUCCCUGUCAAAGAAGAAGAACCCCCUGAAAAAACUGUUGAUGUGGCAGCAGAGAAGAAAGUGGUAAAAAUUACAUCUGAAAUACCUCAGACUGAAAGAAUGCAGAAGAGGGCUGAACGAUUCAAUGUACCUGUAAGCUUGGAGAGUAAGAAAGCUGCUCGGGCAGCGAGGUUUGGAAUUUCUUCAGUUCCAACAAAAGGUCUGUCAUCCGACACCAAACCUAUGGUUAACCUGGAUAAACUAAAGGAAAGAGCGCAAAGAUUUGGUUUGAAUGUCUCUUCGAUCUCCAGAAAGUCUGAAGAUGAUGAGAAACUGAAAAAGAGGAAGGAGCGAUUUGGAAUUGUCACGAGUUCAGCUGGAACUGGAACCACAGAGGAUACAGAGGCAAAGAAGAGGAAAAGAGCAGAACGCUUUGGGAUUGCCUGAUGAAAAGUUCUUGAUGCUUUGUGUUCUCCAGUGGUUUCCAUUUCUCUGAUUCUUCUUGGUCACAUAUAUACCUAAAUGCACAGUCAUGUGCCUACGUCCUGCCUCUCAAUAAGGGAGCAUGUACCUCAGGUACAUCCGUGAACUGCUGCAGCAAUUUGACUUAUUCCAACUUUAAGAUUGUUGUGUUUUUGUUUUAUUUUGCUUGUUAAUAAAAAAAAAUAGAAAAGAGAA